AUGGCGCCAGCUCAAUCUACGGAGCGCGAUGUAGACAUCGACAUGACUCACGAAGAAGAUGAUGAUCAAGGAGAGCGUCUGAUUAACGAAGAGUACAAGACAUGGAAGAAGAAUAGCCCUUUCUUGUACGAUAUGAUUCUAGGAACGGCCCUAACUUGGCCUACCCUCACAGUCCAGUGGUUCCCCGAUGUCAAGGAGCCCGAGGGCAAGAACUACAAAAUUCACCGCCUCCUGCUUGGCACUCAUACCUCGGAUGAAAGCCCCAACUAUCUUCAGAUCGCCGAUGUACAGAUUCCCAAGACUGUCGCGCCCAACCCCGACGACUACGAUGAGGAACGAGGCGAGAUCGGUGGCUAUGGAAAGUCUGGCGAUGUCCCUGCUAUCAAGUGCGAUAUUGUUCAGAAGAUCGAGCAUCCUGGAGAAGUGAACAAGGCUCGAUACCAGCCCCAGAAUCCUGAUAUUCUCGCGACACUGUGCGUGGACGGCAAGAUCCUUAUCUUUGACCGAACGAAGCACCCUCUCCACCCUACUACCCUUGGAAAGGUUAAUGCUCAGAUUGAGCUCGUCGGACACAAGGCCGAGGGUUUUGGCCUGAACUGGAACCCUCAUGAGGCGGGGUGUUUGGCUUCUGGUAGCGAGGAUACCACCAUGUGUCUAUGGGACCUGAAGACUCUCAAGGCCGAUUCGAGAAUUAUCAACCCUUCUCGCAAGUACACUCAUCAUACCCAGAUUGUCAACGACGUCCAAUAUCAUCCUAUCUCAAAGAACUUCAUCGGUUCCGUGUCGGACGAUCAAACCCUUCAGAUUGUGGAUGUGCGACACAGCGAGACAGCGAAGGCAGCAGUGGUCGCUAGACGCGGCCAUCUUGACGCAAUCAAUGCCCUGGCGUUCAACCCCAACUCGGAGGUGCUCGUGGCCACAGCUUCUGCGGACAAGACAAUCGGCAUCUGGGAUCUUCGAAAUGUGAAGGAGAAGGUACACACCUUGGAGGGCCACAACGACGCUGUGACAUCCCUAGCCUGGCACCCUACUGAGGCCGGUAUUUUGGGAAGUGGCAGUUAUGAUCGAAGAAUCAUCUUCUGGGAUCUCUCACGAGUGGGCGAGGAGCAAUUGCCCGAUGACCAGGAUGACGGCCCCCCUGAAUUACUGUUCAUGCAUGGCGGUCACACAAACCAUCUCGCUGAUUUCAGCUGGAACCCCAAUGAACCUUGGCUUGUAGCAAGUGCUGCGGAAGACAACCUGCUGCAGAUCUGGAAGGUAGCCGAGUCCAUCGUGGGUAAGGACGAUGGCGACUUGCCUGUCGAUGAGCUCGACCGAUAG